AGGAAAGGGAUCUUCCUGUACCUCCAUACACACAGUUGACAUUGACAAUAAGAAUGUGCAGCUACCACAUUUUCUUUAUUGCCCUCCAUGCAGGAGAUGGAAAGGACCAAUUGGACCAGUGUCUCCUAUUUCAUUCUCCUGGGAAUUUCCACUCAGUCUGAAGAGCAAAUCCCUCUCUUUGUUCUCUUCCUCUUCAUGUACAUUAUUAAUGUGUCUGGAAACCUGGUCAUUAUUUUGCUGACCAUCUCCACAACUCGCCUCCACACCCCCAUGUAUUUCCUCCUCAGCAGCCUGUCCUUGGCUGACAUCGGCUUCACUUCCACUAUUGUCCCCAACAUGCUAUUCAACAUCUUCUCAGAUAUGAAGACCAUCUCCUACAUUGGCUGCCUGACUCAGGUGUACUUCUUCAUAAGCUUUGCUGCUAUGGAAAAUUUCCUUCUGGCAGUGAUGGCAUAUGAUAGAUAUGUUGCCAUCUGUCAUCCUUUCCACUACCCUGUGGUACUGACCAGGAGACUGUGUGCUCAGAUGGUAGUCUCUUGCUUUAUGCUGUCCCACGUCCAUUCCCUGCUACAUACCCUGCUCAUGACUAGAUUGUCCUUCUGUUCUGACAACAAAAUCCAUCACUUCUUCUGUGACCUCUAUCCUCUGAUGAAAAUCUCUUGCUCCAGCGCCUAUAUCAAUACUCUGGUAAUUCAAACAGAAGGGGUUGUCAUCAUCAAUGGGGCUCUCACCUUUAUCAUCAUCUCUUAUGCCUACAUCAUCUCAGCUAUCCUCAAGGUUCCUUCAGCCAUUGGUAAGAGGAAAGCCUUCUCCACCUGUGGAUCACACCUAACGGUAGUGGCUAUAUUCUAUGGGACACUCACUUGGGUCUAUUUUCGGCCUUUGUCCAGUUAUUCAGUGGCAAUGGGACGUAUCAUGACAGUUAUGUAUACUGUACUGACUCCCAUGCUGAACCCUUUCAUUUAUAGUUUGAGGAAUGGUGAUAUGAAGGCUGCCUUCAGAAAAUGUCUGACCAGGAUAUGGUAUUCAAGUCUCAAAUAAAAAUCCAAGAGAAUUUGAUAUAAUAAAAAGACACUAUGUACUCAGAGUCAGGAGACCUGGGAUCAAAGUCUAACUCUACUAUUGACUGCCUCUUUGUCUUUGAAUAAAUUGCUUUUCCUUUCUGGUCUCAGUUUCUUCAUUUGUCAAAUGGGGUGUUGGACCAGAUGUCUCUCUUGUCUGUUCAAGCUUUUGUGGUCCAUUUGUUCAUGGAGUGGUUCUGUAAAGCCUCCCAGGGAGAGGUUUGUUAUUGUUGAUGUUUUGUGUUUGGUGGUGGUGGCGGCAGUGGCGGUGGCAUGUGUAUGUGUAUAUCUUACUAUCAGUUGGUGGCAUUAUUUUAAAAGGUCCCACAAUUCUCCAGUCAUGGCUUUUUCAACUUGUUGUUGGAGAUAUAUUUAUUCAUUCUUGGUUUCUAGUUUCUAAGAGUCCUGACCUUUUAAGAGGCAGAAGGGAGUAUGGGUUGACAGGAAAAGGGCACUGUCCCAGAACAUCUGCUAAAGAAAAAAAAAUGUCAUUUCUUUGACAGGUGCAAGCCUGGAUAAAAAAUCAAUUCCUGCUAUUAAAGAAAAAAUAUUCUAUAAACUGAACAAUAUAUUCUAAUGAUUAAAAU